AUGAAUCCUAAACAGCAGACAGUGAAACUAAAUGAUGGCCACUUCAUCCCUGUACUGGGUUUUGGUACCUAUGCACCUCGAGAGGUACCCAAGACUAAGGCUGCAGAAGCCACCAAAAUAGCUAUAGAUGCUGGUUUCCGCCAUAUUGAUUCUGCUUCUAUGUAUCAAAAUGAAGAGGAGGUGGGACUGGCCAUCCGAAGCAAGAUUGCAGAAGGCAUUGUGAAGAGGGAUGAUAUAUUUUACACAACAAAGCUUUGGUGUACUUUUCAUCGUCCAGAACUGGUGCAAUUUUGCUUGGAACAGUCACUGAAGAAACUCCAGUUGCCCUAUGUGGACCUGUACCUUAUUCAUUUCCCAAUGUCUCUGAAGCCAGGAGAGGAUUAUCUUCCAACAGAUGAGAAUGGAAAAACCAUAUUUGACAUAGUGGAUCUCUGUGCCACCUGGGAGGCCAUGGAGAAGUGUAAGGAUGCAGGACUGACCAAGUCCAUCGGGGUGUCCAACUUUAACCGCAGGCAGCUGGAGAAGAUCCUGAACAAGCCAGGGCUCAAGUACAAGCCUGUGUGCAAUCAGGUAGAAUGUCAUCCUUAUCUCAACCAGGCAAAACUUCUGGAUUUCUGCAAGUCAAAAGACAUAGUUCUGGUUGCUUACAGUGCUCUGGGAAGCCACCGAGAAAAACAAUGGGUAGACCAGAAAUCCCCCAUUCUUUUGGAUGAUCCAGUUCUUGGUUCCAUGGCAAAAAAAUACAAGCGAACUCCAGCCCUGAUUGCUCUUCGCUAUCAGCUGCAGCGUGGGGUUGUGGUCCUAGCCAAGAGUUUCACAGAGAAGAGGAUAAAAGAGAACAUACAGGUUUUUGAAUUUCAGUUGACUUCAGAGGACAUGAAAGUCCUUGAUGGCCUAAAUAAAAAUAUCCGAUAUGUAUCUGGUUGCAUCUUUAAGGACCACCCUGAGUUUCCAUUUUCGGAUGAAUAUUAA